GGUAAACAGAUUAGGCCUCCAGUCCGUUCAACAUGUCUCUUGGUUCCUACAUAAAAACGCAGAUGUGUGACUGGUGCACGUUUCUCGUCAUCGACCUGUAGGAACUGGCUGCUGGCGCAGCAGUGUUGAGUCAACGCUGCAUCUGGGAGGCUGAGGCAGCAGCAGCAGCAGCAUCUCUGGUGUGAUGUGGAGAGACAGAGAGGGGAUGACAUAGAGACAGCAUCCGCUAACCAUACCGCUGCAUCUGAGCGCAGCUUCCUCUUUAAGUCGGGUUUAACGUGUUUCCGUUAGAUAACGCUGAGUGUUUGCGCCGCCUGGCUCUCGCAUCAGUUGCCAUCGGGCUAACCUCACGGAGAUUUUGAUCAAAGUUGCUGCUAGCUCGCGUUAGCUCGCCGCUACCCUUCAAACAUUCAAGCGGCCACAUAAAACAUGCGGAGCAUCGAGGCCGAGACCCCUGGGAUAUCUUUAAACGCUUCCCGCAGGACACGACCUUCGGCUGGACGCUGACUGGACUCUGCAGAGCCGCUGUAGAGGACAGAGAGCGACAGAUCUCAAGGACCAGAUUGUCUGCCGAACUUCUUGCCUCCUAAGACAGAUCGCCAGGGACCAUGCUGACCAUCUUGGCUGCUGGCUCUGUGUUCUUCCCAGGCCUUUUCCUUCUGUCCAAACAAUGCCUGAAGUCCAUCCCAGCACUGAGAUGGAGCGAAGGAGAUGCCGUCAUCGUAUCGGCCAGGUUGGUAUCAUCAAUUCAGGCAGUCAUGGCUUCUUCAGCUGGCUACAUCAUUGCAUCUUCCUGUAAGGACAUAAUUGAGGACCAGCACUGGCUCACAAGCACCUACAUCAUGUUUGCUGUCCCCUACUUCGUCUACGACAUCUACGCCAUGUUCAUGUGCUACUGGUACAAGCUGCGGGUGAAAGGUCACGAGGAGGCCUUGGCGGGCCCCCAACACAUGCGCUCAGCAGUGAGGAGCUACCUGCGUCGCGAGUUCCUCAUGGUGCUGCACCACGUCGUCAUGGUCACCGUCUGCUUCCCCGUGUCUGUGUUUUGGCGACAAGGAAAGGGCGACUAUUUCCAGGGCAUAAUGUUCAUGGCUGAGCUCAGCACUCCAUCCGUCUGCUUAGGAAAAAUACUCAUCCAGUACAAACAGCAACACACUCUGCUGCACAAAGUGAAUGGGGCUCUUAUGCUGGUCACUUUUUUCAUCUUUCGAGUCCUACUCUUCCCUUACCUCUACUACGUCUAUGGAAGGUACGCGUCGAUCCCCUUCCACAUGGUUCCCCUGAUGGUACCCUGGCACUGUAACGUCGGCGCCGCCCUGCUCAUGGCGCCCCAGCUCUACUGGUUCUCCCUCAUCUGCCGGGGCGCUCUGCGAUUAUUCACCGGCGCGUCGCGCUCCCAGCGGCCACGCGCGCCCUCCGCCGACGCCAAGGAGCACCCGGCGGACGGCAACGCGCCGCCGCAGCCCGCUAACGGCUACAGCCCUCGCUCCACAGAGCCAGAGCUGACCACCCACUGAGAGGAGGAGGAAAGAGGAGGAGGAGGAGCAGCGGCGGCGUGGGGGGGGGCGAAGGCGAAUGUACCAAUGAGUAUGUAAACAGGAAGGAGAGCAAAAAGUAAGACUUCUAAAAUCACGCUGAAGUGUUUCAGAGCCAGCAAACGGCUAAAACGAAGCGGUGGCUGACCUUCAAGUACUUCAGCUUGGUAGUUUGUAGGAACCAAAUGGAGCUUUAGGGCACCUUAGUAUUUAAGAUGUCAUCAGGCACUGUGAAGGAUAGGAACAUGCACUGACCCGGGAGGAACCUGCCUGGAUAUUUAGCAAGUGUAGGUGGCCAUUUCCCCUCAUGUAGAUCAAAUACAGUCCUCGCUGCCUCGUAAUAUAGGAAGAGCAGGAAAAUAGGAAUGUAUUAUAUUGUAUGUUAGUAUGUUUGCUGUAGAUGAAAGGCCUGAUUCAGUUUAGUAACGAAGAAGACCUUCAAAAAAUAACAAAAGGAGAAAAAAAAACAGCUAAGCAGUAUUUUGACUUGUUAGUGUUUAUCUGUAUCCUCUAUGUAGUCACUGUCACUCUAACAAAAUGUAACCAACCUGCAGACUGACUCGUCUUUAAAGGGAGAUACGUCAUUAUACUGUAUUCUGCUGCCUUACCCCCCCCCCCGCCCCCACAUUCUUCCAGGUUCAUUUGCGAUUUUAGUUUAGUCUUUGAGACGGAAAACAGGCUUUCGUCAGACAGCAAAAUGUGACGGUUGUACAUAGCAGAUGUAAAAUGGUCUUUUCCAUGUCAGUAUUAUGUGAAGAAGGAAAGGAUUUAAUUAAAUUAAUUUAUUUAUUUUAUUUGGCUGCAUGUUAGCGCUGUUGUAGUGAGAAAAAAUGGGAUGGGAACUCUGCUCAGAUAAAGAUUAAAACUAAUACAUCAAGAAAGUCGUAAUAACUGGGAAAUAUUCAUGUUUUAUAUUCAAACAAAAUGUUAUGAAACAAAAAUCCUUAUCCCUAAAAGAAAGAAAAUAAACUUAU